UUUGCUGGGGUUGUGUAACUGGUGUGUAUAAUGGAUGGCAGGGGAACGGCUUGGUUCGUGUUUCUCAUCUUUAGUGUUGGCAUCUCAGCAGUCUAUUGUGGCAAACAUGUUCUAGAGUAUUAUAUGACAAUGACAUCGGAUCACAUCCCCGGAAUUCCCCGCUUCUCAAUUACUGCCCAUGUGGACGGCUUGCAGCACGGAAGAUACACCAGCGACCAUCGCCGCGCCGAGCCUUUGAUCCCAUCUCUCGGUACAUUGACUGAGCACCUGGAGAAGCAGACCAGCUUUGCUGAGAGAUGGGAGGAAUAUCAAAAAUCGAAGAUGGCGUUUCUGAUGCAAUUUCUAAACAAGACGGCAGGGCACGGACACCACCAUGUUCAUGUGUACCAGAGGAAGUAUAUAUGUGAGCUGCGAGAUGACGGCACAUUUCUCGGAUAUCACGCAUUUUUAUUCAAUGGGAAGGAGGUUAUAGCAUUCGAUAAAGAGCGAGAGACAUUUGUGCCGAUAACACCAGAGGCUGCACAUUUGAUACCAAGUUGGAACCAGUAUCUGGCCGGAGUCAAAGCAAAUAAGUUUUACCUGGAAAACGUCUGUAUUAAACACCUGCAGUUGUACCUCUCAUAUAUAUCAACAGUGUUGGAGAGGAAAGUUCCCCCCAAAGUGAAGAUUUCAGUCUCAAUAUCAGACAGGGGCAAACUACUAUGCUGCCUUGUUUAUGGAUUCCACCCCAAAAAAGUGCAUGUGAAGGUGAUAAAGAAUGGAACUGAGGAGGUUCCCCCAGAAGAACUCAAACAUGUCCUGCCAAACCCUGAUGGCACCUAUCAGAUCAGAGUCAGUGUACGGGUAACGCCAGGGGAUGGCGCCACUUACUCCUGCCAUGUGGAUCACAGCAGUUUGGAGAAUCCACUCGUUGUUCCCUUUGAACCCAGGGAGAACCUUUAUACCAUCAUUUCUUUUGCGACGGCUGUUGUUGUCCUCGUUGUCCUUGGAGUAUUUAUAUGUAGAAAGAAAAAAGACAGUGGUAACACCAAGCAAGAUAAUACUCAUUGCCCUCCAUGUUUGAAAUCCAGCAGCUCAGAGUGUCAAAGCCUAAACCUGGAAGAUGGCUAAGGAGCUAAUUCAGAUGGCUGAAUUGGAAAUCUUGUAGGGUUCCUGUACAAUUCAAUAUAUGUUGGAAUAUAUCUAAGGUCGUACUGGCUGGUCUGUCGAGUCAAUCAGCUUGAUAGGCCAAUGCAAUGGAUUCAGAUGAAAUCGUUAUAUAUAAUUGGCUGAUCCUUCAGAAAUUCAAGAUAUCAAACCUUCAAAAGAACGAGUGAUCU